AUGGGUCGUCUUCAUUCAAACGGAAAGGGAAUAUCUUCCUCUGCUCUCCCAUAUUCCCGCGCUCCCCCUUCGUGGCUCAAGACCACCCCAGAGCAAGUUGUCGACCAAAUCUGCAAGCUUGCCAAGAAGGGUGCUGCUCCUUCCCAAAUCGGUGUCGUCUUGAGAGAUUCUCACGGUAUCGCCCAAGUUAAGGUUGUUACUGGUAACAAGAUUCUCAGAAUCCUUAAGUCCAACGGUCUCGCUCCUGAGAUUCCAGAGGAUCUUUACAUGUUGAUCAAGAAGGCCGUCGCUGUCCGCAAGCAUCUUGAGCGUAACAGAAAGGAUAAGGACUCCAAGUUCCGUUUGAUUCUCGUUGAAUCCCGUAUUCACCGUCUCUCCCGUUACUACAAGACUGUCGGUGUUCUUGCACCAACCUGGAGAUACGAGAGUGCCACUGCCAGCACCAUGGUCGCAUAG